UAUUUCGAGAUAAACAGCUGUCUACAGCUUCACCUUUUUCUGGACUCUUUCUUUUGUUUUAAAAACAACAAAAGCUCAGAGAAGUCCGCAAUGAGCGACUGGGUGACUCUGUAGAGGCCGGAAGUUGUGGUGUUUAUCCGCUUGUGUGCUGGGGGAAGACCUGGUUAUCUCUACAGAAAUUCAGGAUUUGUCAGCGACUCAGAUGUGGCAUCUUGUAAACAAGAAUCCUCAUUGAACGGAGAUGGACCCAUUUCCUCCUGGAUCUCCACCUUCUUCUCCUACCGAUUCCAUCUCUCUCGCAUCUCUCGUGUCUGGACACGCCCCUCGCACAGCUUCCUCCUUUACAACACCAGGCCCUUCCUCUCGGGUGUCUCCGCCCUCUCGCCCAGCCUCACAAACGGGUCGCUCUCAGCUAAAUGCAGCUAGCGAUGUGUCUGAAGGCAGGCCCACAGGUGAAUCUUCAUCUCCUGCAGGAGACAUUCCAGAGGAGAUGGACAUGGAGGAACUUAAGCAGAGGGCUAAGAAUGGAGAUUCCAAAGCACAGACUGAGGUUGGCAGGUAUUACUUACGACUGUCUGAGCACGAGGAUGAAGAAGUGAAUGGCGUCACUGCGGUAACUUGGCUUUUACAAGCAGCAAAACAUGGAAGGAGGGAUGCUGUGAAACUUCUGCAGUUUUGCUUGCAUGAAAGAAAAGGCAUCACGGCCGAAAAUAGAGAGGAGGUGUGUUCCUUGGUAUCGGAGUCCCGUUUUGAACGUGCUGUGAGGAAAGCGGCUCUGUGUAUGUACUGGAAACUCAAUCCAGACAGAAAAAGAAAGGUCACUACCUCAGAACUACUGGAAAACAUUAGCAACUACAACACUGAAGCAGAUGGUGCCCCAAACAGCACAUUCUCAAGUCCAGCUCAGAAACAGAGGAAGGUCUUAAAACGCCUUGUCUCCACCAAUGGGACUCAGUAUAUUGGUGUUGAGGAUUUUGUUGAAAAUACCAAGCGUUAUGCACAAGGUAUCUCGCCAUCACCAGCUCUUGAUGAAGCAGUAGUUAAUGACGACGACGAUGAUGAUGAUGAACCUGUGAAGAACCCAGAUGAGUUACCUUUGCAUCAGAAGAUACUGAAGUUUCCCCUCCAUGCUGUGACCGAGGUAAAGGAGGUGUUGAUUGACUGGGCUUCCCGUGCUGGAAUGCAGUGGAUCAGCGCCCUUAUCCCGACUCAUCACGUCAACACUCUUAUUUUCUUCUUCAUCAUCUCCAACCUUACUCUGGACUUCUUCCUUCUUGUCAUUCCCCUUGUCAUCUUCUACCUCUCCUUCUUCUCAAUGAUCAUCUGCACAUUGAGGGUUUUCCAGAACACCAAAGCAUGGGAGAACUUCAAGACCAUGACAGCAAUGCUCGCUCAUUACGAACCAGGAUUGGACCUUGAGCAAGCAGAGUCCAACUUUACCUGGACUCAUCUGGAGCCUCACCUGUACUUCCUGGUCUCUGCACUUUUCCUUAUACUCUCAUUCCCUGUGGCAGAUAAGUCCUGGCUGCCUUGCUCCGAACUGGCCACGGUGGCUGUCUUCUUCACUAUAAGCAGCUAUCUGAGCCUGCGUCCAGCCGCACAGCAUCAUGCUAAGCGAGCCCUCCUUGCACAAGUUGCCUCUGCAAUUUGCUCCUUCACCAGCGAGCUGCUUGGGGGUAGGGUGGGCCAACUUGUAGGAGGGUCGUGGUUUAGCGUGCCAAUCUGUGAUUGGUUGGUGUUGCACAUGGGUGUGCCUUGCAUCCUGUACCUUUACCUCCUGUACUUGUGUGUCUGCAUGGGCACAGCACGAGGCUGGCAAGGGUCAUACAGCAUGCUUCUUCCCUACCUGCUCUGUUUCACUUGGUGCGAGUUGUCUGUCACGUUUCUGCAUGCAUCCACUGCACUCGGACUCAUGCGCACAGCUGUGGGCUACUUCCUUUUCUUCUUUGCCCUGCCUGUACUUUCGCUAGUGCUGGCAGCUGCACUGCUGGUGCAGCUAAUACAAUGGUUCCUCGCUCUGGAGCUGGCCAAGAUGGUCCUGACAGCGUGCGUUUGUGUGGUACCUGUUUUGUUGAGGUGGUGGACUCGCUUCAGUGUGUCGCCCCUUGCUGUGAUUCGAUCUCUGAGACGCAGCAGCAUGGUUAAACUGAUCUUGGUUUGGAUCUCUGCUUUGCUGCUCUUCAGCUGGUUCUACGUGUACCGUUCUGAGGGCAUGAAGGUUUAUAACUCUACUCUUUCCUGGCAGCAGUACAGCGAGAUGUGUGGCCCUCGUGCCUGGAAGGAACGCAACAUGGCACACACCCAGAUCCUUUGUAGUCAUCUUGAGGGCCAUCGUGUCACCUGGGAAGGUCGUUUUAAAUAUGUCCGCGUGACGGAGAUUGAAAACGGAGCACAAGCAGUUGUCAACCUCUUGCCUGGCAUCGUAGCAGACUGGGUCCGGUGCCUUUACGGAGAGGAGUACCCAGUCUGCGAUGGCACCCAACCAGAGCCACCUCUUUGCAAACUCAGAGCAUUUGCAAAUCACAAGUGUCACGUGAAACGUUUUGACCGCUACAAAUUUGAAGUGACUAUGGGUAUGCCACUUCAGGAUAAGAAGGGCAAAUGGUUGCAAGAAACUGAUGAUGCAACCAAAGACAUAGUGCUGCGGGCAAGUAACGAAUUCCGUGGCGUGCUGUUGGCACUCGGUGCGGGCAGUGUUGUGGAAUUCAGUACUGUUCUGGAGGGCAGGCUGGGUAGCAAGUGGCCAGUGUUUGAGCUGAAAGCCCUUCACUGUAGGACUUGUACCUCACCUUUGAUACCUACAAGACGGCAAGUCAAGAUAGAGCAGGACUGGAGGGUUAAUGCCCGUAAUGCAUUUGCCUUUGCAUUUAACUUCCUUUUCCAUCCACUGCUCACUGCUGAAGUAGAAGACGCUACACCUACAGAACAUCCAGAGUGAGGGCGGAUUAUAUUCUGUCAAUCUGAUAACCAGGUGUUACUCAGCGCCUGUCACUAUUUUUCUCAAUCUGUCCAACAAUAUUAGUUUUAAGAAAUGGAAGACAAAUUUAUUGUUGACCAGUAGUAAAGUUUUUCGUACAGAGUGCUGUUAUCUCGAACUAUAUCUCUAGUUUGAGAAUUAAUCAUGUGAAAUCCUGAAGAGACUUGGUGGCCAAGUGGGGAUGAACUUUGCGUGACUUUAUGUGGUGUGACUAAUGCCCUUCCAAAUGAAAAAUAAUUAGAUGGUUCUUACAAAGAAAUGGUCCAAUUGCCAAGGGUCCUCAUUUCAUUACUGUGUUGUAGACCAGCAGUAUCCAGUCUUCUCCACAAAGAGCCUUUGUGGCAACAAAUUGUUGUCUUCAGCUGACUCGUGUGGCUUUUGCUUGGUUGGAUCAAAAACCUGCACCCACACUAGACAAAACUGGACCUGUUGUAGACUGACCGAGGAAGAAUGAACCUUCUUCAGAUUAGAUUAUUCAGUCAGGAGCUUGGAGUAGGGUAGUGGAUAUUAUUUUUGGCCAUCUCCUAUUUUUCUGGCUUUUUGCUGGACUAAACACUAUUUUCAGUGGAAAAUUACUAUUGACAAAAUACUUUAGUCCAAGACUAAUGAAAAUUUAGUACAACAAUGAUAUUUGUUUCGUGUAUGAAUGAGUGAGUGUGCAAGAGAACGAGGAAAAUCUUUAAACAUUUCCUUCAGAAACCAAAAUUCCAGAGUUCACUAAUAAUGUAGAUCUUGGGGAUCAUUUCAGCAGUAGGAAAUGGCGUAUAGCACUGCCUGAGAUUUGGAUACAAAAUAUUGAUUAUUUUGUUAUUGGGAUUUUCUUCCCACCUCCCAAAAACAUGCAAGGAGGUGAAUCUGUAACUUAGAAUUGCUCCUAUUACUCUUAUUUAAGAUUGUAACGUAGCACUAGUACAGUAGAACACUUUUUUUUUUUUUUUUUUUUUUUUAAAUAUCAGCAGCAACAUUAUGAAAUGGUAAAGGAGUUUGGGCAAGUGAUUGUAGGAGGUGCUUACCACCAAAUAUACCAUAAUUAGGAUCAUCACAACUUCAUCCAGUUUCCAAGCAAAAAGCAAGUGUAAAAUCCCAUGUUUUCUUAUUGGGCUAUACCAUAUAAAAUUUGUUUGGCUGCUUUUUUUUUUUUUUUUUAAUAAAUAUUAAUGUGGGCCUUAGUUAAGUUGAACUGUGUACAACAAGAAAUUUUAUUAUUAUUAUUGAUUUGUUUUAUUUCCUGUUCUAUGUGCAUAAAAUCAGCACAGGACAUUCUACUAGUUGAUUACUGGGGUUUUUAAGAUACCUACAGUACCAGUCAGAAGUUUGGACACACCUUCUAAUUCAAUGGUUUUUUAUUUUAUUUUUAUUAAUUACUUUUAAGUCAUGAAGUGACUUAAUGAUGGAUGUCAUUUCUCUUGACUUAUUUGAGAGAUUCUUGACAUAAUAUAGUUUACUACAGUUGUGGAAUAGGGCUAUUUCUUUCUAUCUAUCUAACUGGCAUAUCCCUGCAGUGAUGUGGCUGCUCUGAUGGCUUCAGCCAUCAAAGUCUCUGGGGAAGAAUUACAGUAGUGGUUUCCCUUUGGCUUCUACUGGAUUAUUAUAGAGGUUUUCUCCUCUCAAUCUUGUGCACGCACACCUAUGGGCAAUUUAGAGUAGCCAGUUAACCUAACCAUGCGUCUUUGCACUGUGGGAGAAACCGGAGCACCUGGAGGAAACCCACACAGACACAGGGAGAACAUGCAAACUCCACACAAAGGCCCCCCAUCAGCCACUGGGCUCGAACCCAGAACCUUCUUGCUGUGAGGCGACAGUGCUAACCACUACACUACUGUGCUGCCUAGGGCUAUUUAUUUGCUUUUGUUUUUUUAAUUUACUAUUUCCUGUUUGAUCUCAAACGCAUUAAGAAGGCAAGAAAUUGCACUAAUUAACUUUUGACGAGACACAUCUGUUAACUGAAAAGCAUUUCAGGUGACUACCUCAUGAAGCUAGUUAAGAUAAUGCCAAUAGUGUGUAAAGUGUCAAGGUAAACGCUGGCUACUUUAAAAGAAUCUAAAAUAUGAAACGUUUUUUUAACUUUUUUUUUUUUUUUUUAAAUUCCUUAUAUGUUCUGUCUGUCAUUUCGUAGUUUUGAUGUCUUCAGUAUUGUUCUACAAUGUAGGAAAUGGUCAAAAUACAAAAAACUAAUGAACGAGUGGAGGUGUACAAACUUUUGACUGGUACUGUAUAUCUAUAAAUGUGGUUUGAUUUAGCUUACACAGAGAAGUUGUAGCUGUAGUAAUAGUAGUGUACUACUGUAUAAUGGGAUUCCCUCACAGGAUUCACUACAAAUGUAGACACACUAACACUAUUGUACACACUCGCAAAACACACGGCUCAUUUUCCAUCCCCCUGAGCUGGUCUCUACUUCAGUAUAUGGUUAUUCAUUACUGUAGUUUUGCACUCUGAUCAAUAAAUGUCAUUCUUUAA